AGGUCAGUGGAACGCAGAACGUCUUCCUCAAGUCAGAAACCGAUAUCGAGACUUUAACGGGGCUGGGUCGACUGAGUUGUUCUCCUGCUCCCCACUCAGAGCAUUUACUUUAUGGUAACACGAGUCCGAGGACAGUUUUGUCUCAUCAAGACCCAAGUGACACGUUACAGACUGGCAAUGAUCCAUCCUGUUCAUACUCUAUAGGGACAGAGAUUAUACCUGGUGACAUGCCUGUGGGCUUAGGGUUACACAUUGAUCUGUCUAGAGGGGACUGGAACCGGUACAGUAGUAGUGUAUACUCUGAAGGGUUACUAGAUAAGAAAGGGGAGGGUCUGGUCGUAGAUGAGGUAAAAGUGGAGGGCGACAUUCCUCUGACAUGGAAUGCAGACGAGACUCGGUUAGAAGGACACUCGCAGGGCAACACCAGUGACUUCGUAGACUAUAGGGAAAGCUUAGAGACUAAUCUAAAUGUCGCAACCAACUCCCCUUUACAUGCGUUCAGGGAUCGCGACCCAGUGUCUAAGUCGAUGGCACCUUCCGAUUCACACGGACGCAUCCUUUUCGAUCAGGUAUUAAACUCAAACGACAGGGCUAGAGCCCAGACUCAGGGUGGGGGAGCCACAUCAGGCAAUAGUAAAGAUAAACGGUUCCUCUGCAUGUUCUGUAACAAAGGCUUCAGCUGCCUCCAGAAGGUGGAGGUCCACCAGAGGAUCCACACAGGGGUGAAACCCUUCAGCUGUACCCAGUGUCACAUGUGCUUCACCCAAGCUGGCACCCUGAAGAGGCAUCAUAGGGUCCACACAGGAGAGAAACCCUUCAGCUGUACCCAGUGUCACAUGCGCUUCGCCCAGGCUGGUGACCUGAAGAGGCACCAGAGGGUCCACACGGGAGAGAGGCCCUUCGCCUGUAUGCACUGCAGGAGGAGGUUCUCAGAGAGGGGUUGCCUCAGGACACACCAGCAGAAAAACCAUUCCACUGUAUAACAUAGAAAGUAAAAAUUCCACCCGACAGCUUCUGACUUUUAGAUCAAACCCUGCAUUAAAGACAAAGAUUUAUUGUCAUUGUUGUCUGAAGAAAAGAUCCACAGAUGAAUUUGGAAUAAUGAGAGUAACAGAUUUCAGUGUUCAAUAUUACUGGGUAGAAUAUUGCAUCCAGAAAUUGUGUGAUAUAUACGCCUAAAAAGUCUGUUACAUAUUGUGUUUGUACUGUGUAGGCUAUAUGAAUUUCACAAAUGCCUUUUUAUUGCUUCCUUUCAACAACUUAAUUUUUUCCCCCCAAGACACUUGAAUGAAUGCAGAUGUUUUUGUUGAUGUGUAUGUGUGGUUUUCAUAU